CUGUUGGUCAAAUAUUACCACAAUGAUAAUAAGUAAUUAUUAGUAGGCUAGUUAUUGUGACAUAAAGAGAAUAGCUGGGAGAAUUGCAUCGGAUAGACAGACAGACACACUGAUUAUGUUCUAGUAUGUCUUACUGCCCUCUACCUCAUGCUGACAUUGUUGUCUUUUUCUCAUGCUGGUACAGGAAGAGUGGACAGGCGGUCCUGGUGCAUUGUAAGAUGGGCGUCUCUCGCUCUGCCUCCACAGUAAUUGCUUUCCUGAUGAAGCAACAGGGCUGGACUUUAGAUCAGGCACUCAACCACGUGAGAGAAAGACGGCCUAUUGUGCAGCCCAAUGAAGGUUUCCUCAAACAGCUGAACACGUACAGCGGCAUCCUUAACGCCAGCAAGCAGCGCCACAGUGCCCUCUGGAGGAGGAAGUCCAAAGCAGAUGCCCGUCAGCCGUCAGUACACAACGAACAAGCGACAGGGGAUGAAAAUGAAGAGAAAGAGGAAGAGGAGGAGGAAUCACAGAGUCCAGAUGAGGAAAGCAGCGAGGAGGACACUGAUGUGUUUGAACAGAUGUGUGAGAAUGUUCUGGAUACUGGAGAGGCAGAAUCCGCCACAUCCAACCAGUUUCUUUCUAUACAGGAAAGUGAUAAGGUGUCGUCCAGCCCGAGCAGAAGUGGCAGGAUGGAUUUGUUUUCUCUUAUGCAGUCUAUUCAGCUUGACGAUGAGGAUCGAGGGAUGGAUAAAGAGAUGAGCGUCUGUCAGAGACUUUCUCCAGGACAGAGACGGCGGAGUCAGGGAAGAAGAGGUUUGACUUAUCAGAGAGCACACGUGGAUGCUUCCCCUGAGCCCAGCAGCCGACAGACUCAACACACAAACAAUGAUGAAGCCGGACUCUGAAACGCUUCAACAGCCUCUUAAAAUGAUAGAGAAAAGUGAAAAGGUGAGGAAAAGGAACACAAACAGUCAUGCUAACACAAAUGGACGCUCUUGCACACAAGUCUUAUCCUUCUGAUUGUAUCAUUCCACGGUUUUAAAGAUUACAAACAAGGUUCUUUAUUCAUAUAUUUGCUGUACUGAAGCUCAUUUAGGUCAUUUCACUUAGAGGUAAUGAAUAUGUCAUCCAUUUUUCCAUCCAUCUAGCCUGAAAAUCAUAAUCCGUGGUGAUUUUUCAGGUGGAUUGUAGUGAGUAUUAUUGAUGCUGUUUUCUUCAGAGCAUUAUCAUUCAAAAUUGUGCCUUUUUUAAAUCUCCGUAUUCUUUGCACCUUCAUAUAUUGAGCCAUAAUAUUCAGUUAUUUCACAGGUUUUACUAUAGUGUUAUAGAGUAAAUGGAGUGUUUCGUUAGCUGUAUCCAUCGUAAUGUUAUACAGAAACAUGACCAGAACAGCUAUGGGGGAAAUGUUAGGAGACCGCCUGAAAAAUUCUCUCAUGUUUUUUAUGAUAAAUCAUUAGUUCCUUUAGAACAAGUCUAAAACUCAGCCGCAGCUCUGCAGAUUUUAGUUCCAGCCACCUCCAACUCACACCUACUUGAUAGUUUCUAGUAGUCUUGAACUCUGUGAUUAGUUUAGUGUGUUUGA